AUGGUAGCCAUCACCAACCUCUCCGGCCUCUGGGUCGCCGCAGUCCUCACCUCCACGACGGCCCUGGUGCGCGCCGCGAUCCCGUCCAACAGCGGGUACAGCGUCAUCUGGUCCGACGACUUCGAGGGCUCGAGCGGCAGCGCGGUCUCGUCCUCCAAGUGGGACGUGAUGCAGCGCAGCAGCGACGACAACAGCAACGGCGAGUGGCAGGAGUACCGCGCCAGCACGGCCAACGCGCGGCUCUCGGGCGACGGCAGCCUGCUCAUCACGCCCCGGCGCGACGCCUCGGCCAAGCGCGGCUGGACCUCGGCCCGGCUCACGAGCAAGGGGUCGUGGCAGUGCCCCCGCGGCGCCGCCGUCAUUUUCCAGGCCGAGGUCCUGGUGCCCAACUUCACGGGCAGCCCGGACCACUUCGCGGGCCUGUGGCCGGCCUUUUGGGCCCGCGGCACCGCCGUGCCCGACUGGCCCCGCCGCGGCGAGUGGGACGUGCUCGAGCCCACCAACCGCCUCUCCAACGUCAACCAGGGCACGCUACACUACCAGACGGCGCAGGGCCAGUACGCAAGCAAGUCCGGCCGCGUCACGUACAAGGGCGGCGACUGGCACACGUGGGCCAUCAAGUCGGAUCGGCGCAGCUCCAACUGGCGGGAGCAGAAGCUGACGUGGUACCUGGACGGCAAGGCCUUUGUCGACCUGAGCGGCGCCGACUUUGCCGCCGAGUCCGAGUGGCGCUCCGUCGCGUGGAACCCGUUCGAGAUCAUCCUCAAUGUGGCCGUCGGCGGCGGCUACCCGGGAGACCCCACCUCCGCAACCCUCGACGGGCUGUCUGCCGCCAUGAGGGUUAGGCCGGUUGGGUGGGUUGGUGUUGUGGUGGCUGUUGGUGGUGGAGUGGGCGAGGAUCAGGCGAGAUAUGUGGGAAUGAGCGGCCAUCGGUCUCUAUGA